CUUUAUCAAAUUUAUAAAUAACAGCUAAUGCCACACAGAGACAUUUUUAAAGGAGUCAUAAAAUGGUUCAGUCCAUUGAGUGAAUACGGACACAAGACCCAGCUGAUACAACAAUAAUGCGACUCCGUCAGAGAGUUCAUUUCUUCUUUCUUGGGAUGUGUGUUGGCUUGUCACUGAGUGGGCUCAUUUACUGGGGAUUCAACUCCAUUUGGUUUGGAAAUCAUCUAACAGGUCACCUGGGUCGGACAGAUGUUGCUUCUGUAACACCAUGGUUAGCCCCGAUUGUUUGGGAGGGAACCUUUGACUCCACACUGAUCGACUCUAUCUACAAACAACAAAACAUCACCGUAGCGACCACUCUCUUCGCUUUGGGAAAAUAUACACGUUUUCUCAAAGAUUUUCUGGAGUCAGCAGAGGAACAUUACUUUGUUGGAUUUCGAGUGCAUUACUACUUGUUUACGGAUCUACCAGAGGCAAUUCCUAAUGUAAAACUCGGUCAAGAACGUUAUCUGACAGUAAAGAAGGUUCCAAGUUUGAACAGAUGGCAGGACAUUAGUAUGGGCAGGAUGGAAAUACUGAAAAAACUAAUAGAGAAUGAACUGGCCAAUGAGGCAGACUAUAUUUUUUGCCUUGACGUAGAUACAAAGUUCUAUGGCCGUUGGAGUGUGGAGACUUUGGGUCAUUUGGUAGGUGUGAUACAUCCUUGGUUCUUUAAUGUUCCAAGGUUCAUAUUUACAUAUGAGCACAGACGAGAGUCUCAAGCAUAUAUUCCAGCUGGGGAAGGUGAUUAUUAUUUUACUGGCGCUGCAUUUGGCGGCUCAUUGAAAGAUGUACAAAAUCUCACCAAAACCUGCCGAGAGCAGAUGAACAUUGAUGCUGCAAACUCCAUUGAGGCGAUAUGGCACGAGGAAUCUCACUUGAACAAGUAUUUCCUUUAUAACAAACCUAGUAAACUGCUUUCACCUGAAUAUCUGUGGCGGGACAUUAGUAUGAGUGCAGGCCAAGUGAAAAUAAUUCGCUUCUCUCAUGUAGCUAAAAACAAUGCUGAAGUUCGUCCAAACUUGUAGCAAUUUUGUGAAAGUUUGCAUCCUGUAAAUGUAAAACUUGGCUUUCCACAAGGACAUUUAACUUGAAAGACAUAGUUUUUGUUAUGACUGACAAUGUCUGAAACCUUGUUAAAUGCUGAUAAAUCAUGUGCCAUAAUAUUUUUCAGAUAUAUAAUUCACAAGUCAAUAAAGAUGCCAUG